CAGCUCAGUGCCAGUAUGUGUGCGCGCGCGCCGGCAAUCAACGUGAGUGCUAAACGGCACGUUGUCAACACUGUCUGGACCGUAUAUUAUUCUUGCAGGCAACUGUUUGCUGACCAUAUUUAGGCGAGGCACGCACAGGCUGACUCUUCGAAAACAAACUUUGCGAAAGUCAAAUAAUUUGAAGUGUGUUAUCGCAAUGCAAAUAAAACUGCCAGUGCGCCAAUGACAAUGGUUUACUUUCCAGCCCAUUGUUUGCUUUAGCAUUAGCCACUAUACUGUAGUAAACUGCGACGACGUCUACCGGCAGGUGAACUAAGAAUGAAUUUUUGAUGAUUAUAUUUUGUUACUGUUUGUUUAAUAAAGUGAUUGAACGACCAAUAGCGGCUUGUUUCCAUCUUCCUUCUCUCAAAACCGUCCGUUAGGGAUUAAAAUAAAUUCUAACUAGCUGUGGUAGGCUACGUUCAGUUAGCUAUCAAUGUUUACCUGAGAUGUACUGCGGUGAAUUAAAAACCGCAAUAUAUCAACAGCCGAUUGUCUUAGUGUAUCCUCCCCGUCAGUACCUCUCUACCUGUCUCUCCAGGUGAGCCUCGGGCUCCCAGCUGAGCGUUAGCCAUGUUGGGUCAAACCCAGCCGACCACCAGCACGCUGCAACUGGUCGCUAGCGACAUGAGCGGCAUCAUGGAAACGCUGGACGCCCGCGAGCUCGACAUGGGCGACAGCGGCGGCGGAGUUCACAACCACGACGGCGGACAGCCAGGGGACGGCUUGCCCUUCCGUGCGAUAUACAACACGGUGGGCUUCAAGGACUGCAAGUCGGCCUUCCUGUCCCGUCCCAUCACCGCCAAUAUCCUGGAGGUGGAACGCUUCACGUCGGCCCAGGACCGCUUCAACGUCAGCCAGCAGAGGAGCGUCAGCAAGUCCAUGCCGGCGGUCUACAAGAUCGAGAUGAAACACGGCGAGUUCACGUGGCUGGUGAAGAAGAAGGAGAAGCACUUCCAGGAUCUCCACAGGGACUUGAAGACUUACAAGGCCGUCCUCAAUCUGCCGCUGCCCACGCGCAGGUCUGUAGC